ACAUCAUACCGAGGUAGACCAUUUAGCCAAACGCGCCUCAUGUCAUCCGACGAUAUCUUGAGCAGACUCAAGCCGUUCGGACUCUCGUUCGAGAAGUCUCUUACGGACCUCAUCAAGGGAAUGCGCGCAGCCAAGCCCGACCAGCUCUCCGCCUUCCUCGACCACGCUGCGAAGGAGUGCAAGGAGGAGCUCCGCGCAACCGACAUCGAAACAAAGGCCACAGCAGUGCUCAAACUCGCAUACCUCGAGAUGUACGGCUACGACAUGGCGUGGGCCAAUUUCCAGGUACUUGAGGUGAUGGCCAGCGCCAAGUUCCAGCAGAAGCGCAUCGGGUAUCUCGCGGCAAUGCAGACGUUCAAAGAUGACACCGACAUUCUCAUUCUCGCGACAAACCAGCUCAAAAAGGAUUUGAGCGCCGCGCGUGCGCCCGAGGUGGGGCUCGCGUUGAGUGGCGUCGCAGCGAUUGUCACGCCUAGCCUCGCGCGCGACCUCGUUGACGACGUGGUGCGCAUGUUGAGCCACUCCAAGCCGUACGUGCGCAAGAAGGCGGUACUCGUGCUCUACAAGCUCUUUUUGCAGUAUCCCGAGUCGUUGCGCUUGCAUUACGGGCAAUUGGUGAAGAUGCUCGACGACGCGGAUCCCUCCGUCGUCAGCGCUACCGUCAACGUGGUGUGUGAGUUGGCCAAGAAGAAUGCUCGCAACCACGUGCACCUUGCGCCGCAGCUUUUUGAACUUCUCCUGACAUCGUCCAACAACUGGAUCAUUAUCCGCUUGUUGAAGCUUUUCGCGUCGCUCUCGACUAUCGAGCCGCGUCUCAAAAACAAGCUCCUCCCCGCGAUCUUGGACCUUAUGGACACCACCAAGGCGUGCUCAUUGAUUUAUGAGUGUGUCAGCUGCAUUCUCGACGGCGGAAUGUUGGGCGACGCACCGGAAGACCGCACGGUUGCGCGCAUCUGUGUUGCCGCGUUGAUGGCCUUUUUUGAGCGCCGCGACGCAAACCUCACCUACAUGGGCCUCCUCGCGUUGAUCAAACUCUGCGGCUUCUUUCCCGAGUUUUUGGCCGACCCCGCCAUCCACAGCACCAUUCUCGAGUGCAUCGGCGACCGCGACUUGUUGAUCAAGACCAAGGCCUUGGACUUGGUCGACUCCCUUGUGGAUGACAACAAUAUCGAAAGCGUUGUUGCCACCUUGCUCGCGCAGUUGGACAUCUCGGAUCUCCCCGACUCGUACAAGGUCCUGCUCACGGCCCAGAUCGUGCGUGUGUGCUCCAGCAACAACUUUGCGCGCGUGCCGGGCUUCAAGUGGUACAUUGCGGUACUAAAGGAUAUUCUUCGCCUCACCACCGACAGUGGUGCGGAAGCGAUCCAGAUCAUUGCUGCGAGCGUCGCGUCACUGCUUCAGACGAUAGCCGUCAAGGUUCCCCAAAUGGUCCAGACCGUGCUUGGCGAGGCAUUGCUGCUCAUCUUGGAGCGCGCGAGUUACACAGCCUACCCAGGGGUCCUCCGAGACCUCUUCUGGGUCGUGGGAGAGUUUGCCGAGCAUGUGGGGGGUGCCAACUUGGAGAUUGUGUUGGAGCAUCUUCAGCGCUUCGACCAGGACGGGCUUGUGAUCGGCCGGUUGGACGCAGUCACGCUGCAGAUCUUUAUCCAGGCGGUGGUCAAGCUCUAUAGCUCGUUUAUCGCUUGCCAGGAUACGGAGGCGAACCAGAACUUUAUGAGCGAUUUUACCGAGGAGGGUGUAAAGCUGGUCUCCGCUGCGAGCCACUCAAAGGUCUGCCGCAUGACUGUCCAGUUGAUCCGCUGGUUCCUGGCGUACGAGAACUGUUCAGAAUACGAGGUCCAAGAGCGUGUUGUCUCGUGGCUAGAGUUCUUGCGCUUGGUGGCCGAGUCGUUAGAAGUGGAUUUAGGUGAGGAGUUUGAGGUAAGCGUGGAGAGUGACCCGAAUAAUUAUGAAACUAAAUCCAGACACUUGCCCCUCCUCGUAACGUACGUGUUACCGUCGAUGUUCAACGCAUAUACCCUCAAUCCUGUGGCGCCCGACGCGCAAAAGCGGGUGCCGGUUCCCGGAGACUUGGAUCUCGACACGCCCAUCAAUCCAACGAUCAGCUUCUCCGAGUCUGAAGAGGAAGAAUCUGCGUAUGAAGAUGAGUAUGAGCUCUGCGAGAUCACCGAGACCGCAAGCUCCGUGGUUGAAAGCGUAGACGAGACAGAUACCCAGCUAAAGAAGCAGGAGCGGUUAGAACGUCUCAAAGACGAUCCUUUCUACAUCAGCGAUACCGCCGCCAAGGUCAGCAAACUUGCAUCGUUUAUUGACGACCACCCAGACGAGGAAACACAGACCCCAACCUUGGUGUUGGAGAGGAAGCCAAAGAAGAAGGCCAAGCAGAAAUAUGUCAUUCUCUCGGACGAAACUGUCGAGGGCGGAAUAGACAUAGAGGAAGGCCCGGCGUUCGUGCCUGCACCGGCCAGGAAGAAGAAUACGUUCAAAAUCGACUCAUCUAAUUUGGACAAUUUUGACCUAUCUGCUACGCCCGAAACGGCGCAAGAGGAGUUUGCGGAUUACGAGUACCAAGUGGACCUUGAGGCAUUGCGGACUAAACUCAACAAUGAGACCAAGCCCAAGAAAAAAUCCACAAAGGGAAAUACGGAAACCGGCACGAAGCCAAAGAAGAAGAAAAAGGUCAAGACAGAGGUAAGCGUUCCAGGGGUGCCAGAUGCCGACCAGAUGUUGCCAACCCCUACCGAGGAUACCCAGGUGAUUGAAGUCAAAAAGCCGAAGAAGGUGAAGAAGAAGAAGGCGAUGAUUAUGGAUUGAAUGGGUAGGAUAUAACUAUGUAUACAACUUGUAAAGAUCAGUUACAUAUAUUGUGAAUUGACGAAAUAUAACCAAG